AAAGAAAGGCUAUCCUGUUGGCGUUUUGGUUGUUGAAGAUGGAAGAGGGUGAACUCGUUGGUUGUGUCCUCUGCAACAGGGUUUCCUUCAUCUUCUGAUUCGAUUAUUAAUUGCUACAAAACAGCAAGAAAAGCGAGGAGAGAGAUAGAGAUAGAUAAAGAAGAGAGAUAGAGAGAGAGAGAGAGGGAUCUUUCAUUUUCUGUGGAAAAUGGAGGAUUCUUUCUUUGACAUGGUGGAGUUUCUGAAGAAACCCUCGAUAACGGAGACAUUCGUCGACAUUUUGCUAUGCGCGGUUCCGAUUUGGUUGGCUGUCAUGAUCGGCCUGGUGAUCGGGUGGUCGUGGCGCCCGCGAUGGACGGGGCUCCUCUUUCUCGGCCUCCGCAGCAAGUUUCGAUUUCUCUGGACGGCGCCGCCGGGGUUCGGCGCUCGCCGCCUCUGGUUCGCCUUCACCGCCGUCUCCGCCUUCUCCAUUUGCCGUACCUAUUGGUCCAAUUUCAAAGGCAAGGCCAAGGCAAAAGCUGAAGAUCCCUCGCCCUCGGAAUCUGAUAUUGCCUACUCCAACGCCAUGGACCGCACCACUCGGUCCGGUGAUUGGGCAGAGGAGAGUGAGCAGGACACUGUUACGCAGGCUGAUUUGGAGCAUUUUCUUCAUCUUCUCGAAGGGAAAGAUGGAUUGAUGGACCGGCAAUGUUUUAUGGAGAAGUCAACACCAAACAUGCAAUACAAAGCUUGGCGUCAUGAUCCUGAGACAGGUCCCACAGUUUACCGUAGCAGAACCGUCUUUGAAGAUGCAACCCCAGAGUUAGUGAGGGAUUUCUUCUGGGACGAUGACUUCCGUCCUAAAUGGGACCCUAUGCUUGCAUACUGCAAAGUAUUGGAGGAAUGCCCUCAUAACGGGACAAUGAUCUCUCACUGGAUUAAAAAGUUCCCCUUCUUCUGCAGUGAUAGAGAAUAUAUUAUUGCUCGGAGAAUAUGGCAGUCUGGAAACACGUACUAUUGUGUGACUAAGGGAGUACCCCAUCCAAGUUUGCCAAUACGGGAUAAGCCCAGACGUGUGGAGCAAUACUUUUCUAGUUGGGUGAUCAAACCUGUGGAAUCUCGCAAAGGAGAUGGUCAGUUGUCUGCAUGCGAGGUUACCCUGUUACAUUAUGAAGACAUGGGGAUUCCCAAAGAUGUUGCUAAGUUGGGAGUCCGCCAUGGAAUGUGGGGAGCUGUCAAGAAAUUGAACUUAGGAAUGAGAGCUUACCAGAAUGCUAGGAAAACGGAUUCUUCUUUAUCGAGAUGUGCAUUGAUGGCGAGUAAAACAACUAAGAUUUCUUCUGACACAAACAUGCAUUCCUCGGAGCCUUCGUCUUCCAUGGAAGAUGGGAUGCAAGCUAUGUGUAAUAUUGCACAAAAGGGUCCUGGCAUUGAUUGGAAGUGGGUGGCUGUAGGUGGCACUGUUGCCCUGGUUUUGGGUCUUCAUAAUGGGGCUAUAGGGAGAGCGUUGUUAUUGGGAGCAGGGCACAGACUUGCGCGGAGGUGAGUUGUCCAGGAUCUGAUCAAUGGGAAGAACAUCUACUUAUCACCAUUCAGAAUAUUCAUCAUAAAUAUAUAUUUAGACUAUCAUUUAUCAUUGUCGAAUGCUAAUUUUGUGUUAUAUUAUCAUCGCCAUUUUUAUUUUAUUUCUUUUACUGUUUUGAUCGUCUCGCGAUUUAGAAUGAUAAGCUGCAAUUACAUGCUGUUGUGUAUUUUUAUGGAACGAAUUCUUGUCAAACUGUGAAGCCAAUUCUCUAUAUUUCCCAGGAUCAA